AUGUCUACCACUGGCGCGUUCAAUACCGGAGAGGUUCGCCCCUGGAACAAACCCCAACUCCUAACCUCUCGCGACAUCGCCUUCGAUAAACCCUUCGUCGCAGCUCCACAGCUCCCCAUAGGCCUUAACUGGCUCGACAUCGACGCCAACGCCGACAUUCGUGUCAAGGCCUAUGCCACGAACAUCACCAAGGAGUCGUUCACCGCUCACAUCGACUCCUGGAGCGAUACUACCUUCUACUCUGGUGGCGCUAAUUGGCCAAUCAUCACCCCUGCUCACCUCGAAUACCAGUGUGGUCAGUUCUCCACCGAGGAGGACCACCCCUGGGACAAACCUCAGACUACCACUCAACGUCGCAUCAGCUUCUCGCGUCCCUUCGUCACCCCUCCCAAGGUGAUUUGCUUCUUCAACCAAGUCGACAUCGACAAGAACCACAAUUGGAGGGCUAAGACCUACGUCUCCGAUGUCGAUGCCACAGGCUUCACCAUCCAUAUUGACACUUGGUUUGAUACCAUCCUCUACUCUGCCACCGCCGGAUGGGUCGCCUACCCCGAGGACCGCGAGUAUGUCUUCAGCGGCACCGCGAACACGAUGGACGUCCGUCCUUGGGAAAAGCCUCAGCUCGAGAACAGUGCCCAGGUUAAGGUUCCGUUCGACUUCUGGAAGGUGCCCAAGGUCUUCAUGGCUAUAAAUCAGUUCGACAUUGAGUGCGGCCACAAUCUGCGCCUCAAGGUCCAUGCAGACAACGUUACGGCCAAUGGGUUCACCUGGCAUAUCGACAGUUGGAAUGACACAGUCCAGUACAGCGCUGGGUUUUCCUACCUCUGCGUCGUCUAAGGUGUUAGCUACGCUUCGCGUACAUACAAUUUACACUACGAUGAGAUCCUGUUUUUGCAUACUAAAUGUCUUCCCUCGAUUGCCAUACUUGAUUUGUACCUUGCAUUUGCGAAAUGGGAUAUUGGCGGUUGACUAAAUUCUGCCCUUGUGAACGUUUGCGACUAAGCUUCACUUGACAUACGACGUUGGUGUUUAUUUUAUGUAUCUAUACAACAGCGACUCAGUAUAGCGAU